CGUGGCUCCGAUCGAGGGUGAACGCUAGGAGCGGUUGGAGGAGUCCCGGUGAGUGUGGCCCGGCUCGAUGAUCUCCACGCCAUGAUGGUGGCGAUGCAAGGAGGGCGACGACCGUUGUCCGCAGGCGGAGACAACGGGCCGGCCGCGAGCGGAGGAGCCGCAGUGCGCGGCGAUGGCGGGGAGGUCGGGGCGAGCGGAGCGCCGGUGGCAGGCGCUAGCGGCUGCGCCGGGGUGGCUGCGGGGUCGGCGGAGACCGGUGCUGGCAGGGGCUGCUGGGUGUGCGGUGGCGGCGGCGGCUGCGCCGGUGGUGGCGCUCGAGGAAGCGCCGCGUGGCUGGGCGGCGCCGACCGAGGCGGAAGCAGUUGGCGAGGAGCUUCCUCGCGCGACGCCUGGUCUAGAGGUGAAUCCCGGAGGGGGCUGGCCUCCGGAGACACGAAUCGAGGAAGGGGUGUCCCGAAUGAUGACGGCUAACGUCGAGUCCCUGUUCGGAAGGGACAGGGAAGAGGCGAGGAUGGGAGAUCAUGUUCCAUCGCCGGAGAAACCAUCGCCGGUAAUGGAGAAGAGAGACGGAGGCAGUGCUCCUCUGGCGGGCGGUGCGGCUUUCUUCGAAGCGACGACGAACUGGAGGGAGGAGCUGAAGGAGAUGGUAGAGCGGAGCUUGCCUCGUUGCCGUGGGAGGAGUUGCUGGCUGCCGGGGAGAGGCGCAACGACGGAGACGGGAGGCGAGCUAGGGAGGAAGAAGCAGUCGCCGAACUUGGGAGAGGAGAAGGGCGACGGGUUGCCCCCUCUUGCAACCCUAGGUUGCGCCGCGCAACUGCUAGCAGCCCCGACGGGUUGGGUGGUCUGGGCCAUAGGUCUGGAUGGGUCAGCGGGAGUGGGUCGGGUCGAAGCCAUUAGCCUUGGCCACGGGCUGGUUUUGGAGGGGAAGCCUGGCGGGUCUGCUUUGGACCGAGUGUAUCCGCAAAAUGGGCGGAGGAUUGAGACAAAGUGGGCUUCGUUUGGGCCAAGCCUCGGGUAGCAGCUGAGAAAGAAGGGGGCGGAGCAGAUGAUGGAAUUCGGGCUGAAGCAUGGGAAGCUACAGGCUUCAAUUGGGCUUCAGCGGAGCUGUUUAGUUGAAUUUGUUUAUUAUUGUAUGGGCUUGAAAGAGAAGAAGGGAGAAUUGGUGGGCUUGGAUGAUGUGCUCAAAGAAGAAAAACUCUCUAUUUCU